CCAACCACUGAAUUAUUCGUGCAAUGCAACACCCGGAAAUCCAAAUGAGACCAGCUUUACUUGGACAAUCACCGGGAUGACCAAUUUUGAAAUAUCCAACAGUAGGUUCCUGGUCAUUGAAAACGUGUCUAUUGCAAACGAAGGCUACUACAACUGUACGGUUAGAAAUUAUAUGGAGCCAACAGGAUUCAACGGGACAUUUGGGACUGACAGUCGCAGAAUAUUCCUCGACGUCAAAUAUUCUGCAAGAAUCGAAUCAUUUUGCGGGUAUAACGAUACAGGUGAAGAUUGGUUCAUUGUCAAUCAUGGCGACGAAAUACAGUUGAAGUGUCUUAUAAAAGGAGACCCUCAGCCUGAAAUACAUAUUAAAAGAAAUGACGAAAUCCUUGCUUCUGUGCACUCUGGUCUGGAACUGCAAUUGAAGAAAAAAAGUUCUUGCUUGGAAGAUAUAGGAACGUUCACUUGCUAUGCUAAAAAUGAGUUGAACUUGGAACAACCGAGUUAUAAAACACUUGAUGUUGAUGUCAAGUGUGCGCCACUUUAUCCCUUAGGAUAUUCACCGAAGUUGAAUGUCAUUGCCACUUCCGGGGAAGAUGUGAUUUUAACGUUUACAGUAUUUUCGAACCCACCACCAUUUUCUGCAUUGUGGAUUUUUAGACAGGAUAUGCAACAUUUACCUCGGAAUGUAACACAAGUCUACGUUUCAAAUGACAAUAUGACAACCGACAUAAGGAUCUCAAGAAUAAAACCAGAUGAAUUCGGAGAGUAUUCAGUUACUGUACACAACACCCUGGGGUCGAUUAGUGAAACAUUUUUUAUAAUUGCUGAAGGACCACCAGAAAAGCCAUCACAUUUUUUUGUUAAAGAAGAACUUAUUACCGACACCACAGCUGUAGUUGUAUGGACACCUUCAUUUAACGGUGGCCAUCUUCAAACAUUUCAUGUUUCUUGGAGACAGGUCCUUACAAACAAUUGGUUCUCUGCAGACGCAGGGACUUACGCUAUUAAUUUCACAAUCAUAGAGCUGAUACCAGGAACAAAAUAUGAGGCAAAAAUGUACUCUUCCAAUAUUCGAGGAAAGUCGGGCGAAUCUGAUCUUAUUACAUUUUCAACAAUUGAGACCCUAACAGUACAAUCUGCUCAGAUUGGCGUUGCAAUAAUUUUCGGGAUAGUUUCUGGUGUUGCUGCCAUGGUCAUUACUGCUAUUAUUGUUUUAAUUGUGUUGCGGAGGAGAUCAAAAGGAACAAGUGGACGGUUUGACCGAGGACCACAAUUUCACGAAAUGGAAUCCGUUUAUGGGAAUCUGGCAUCAGAUCCUGACAUACCAACAAGAUUCGAUGAAGAAAAAAAUAUGUAUGGGAACUUGCCUGCUAAUUAUUUCUCUAGGCGAACCAUAUCGCUUGAUUUAUUGCGAAGUGCAGUGAAAGAAUUAAAAAAGGAACCUGUUCCCUUUUUUAAAGAGUUCUAUUCGCUACAAAUUGGCCUAAAAUAUCAAGCUGACGAAGCAGUGAAGUCUCACAACAUUGACAAAAACAGAUACAGGGACGUCUAUCCAUACGAUGCUUCAAGAGUGAUUUUACCUGGAGAUCCCGUUGAAGAUUACAUUAAUGCCAGUUAUAUUGACGGAUAUUGUCAAGAAAAGCGAUAUAUAGCUGCACAAGGGCCUCUUGACAAUACAGUUUCGGAUCUUUGGCGAAUGAUCGAUGCAGAAAAUGUGCAAGUCAUUGUCAUGGUUACCAAUCUUAUAGAAGCUGGCACGAUAAAAUGCUGUCAGUACUGGUCUGAUCGUCCCGUAACAUACGGAAAGUGUUGCGUGAGUCUUGAAAGAAUUGAGGAAUAUGCUGAUUAUGUUGUUCGGCACAUAGUUUAUUGCAUGGAGGGUUCAAAAAGCGAAAAAAUGGUGAAACAAUACCACUAUACCGCAUGGCCUGACACAGAUGUCCCAGACUCGGCACUGUCAAUUGUUCAGUUCUGGAGAUUGGUGCGGAACAGCGAAAUGUCAGCUACUUCACCAUGGCUUAUUCAUUGCAGCGCUGGAAUAGGAAGGACAGGCACAUUUAUUGCACUAGACUAUCUUCACGACCAGGGAAAAACAGAGGGCAGCGUCAAUAUUCCUCGAGCAGUUGACGCUCUUAGAGAGCAGCGAAUAAGCUUAGUUCAAACAAAGGAACAAUACCUGUACCUUCACGAAGCCCUUGCAGAACUUCAUGAUCCUAUCGGAGAGAUAUAUGCUGUGGAGAAAUUUGUUCAAUUGUACAAGAACAGCAGAUUGCAUGCCACAGAAGACAAUGAAUUUAGGGAAUUGUGCAAACUUCUUGUGGUUUGCAAUACAGAAGAAAGAGACACUCAGAUCAAGAAGACACCGGACGGUGCUUUGGUGGAAAAUCUUAUCAAAUCAUUUGACAGAAAGAUACUACCAGACGACACGUUCCGCCCAAAGCUGACUAUACGUAGGCCAGGGGAAAACGACUUCAUCAACGCGAUCUUCAUACCGACAAUAAGACAGAGAAACAAGUUUAUCCUGACACAGUGCCCACUGGAGAACACUGUUGUUGAUUUUAUUCGGCUGCUCUGGGACCACGCCAUUAAAAACGUCGUUGUGCUUGAAAGCGAGGUAGAUAAGGACAGUUGUUUUUGGCCUCAAGAAGACAAACCUAUAUAUUUAGGACCAUUUGUCGUCAGUUUGAUGUUAACUCAGAUGAAAAACAAAUGGAUUCUUCAGACCAUCAACAUAUCAUUACCGGAAAAGAUGCAACACCAGGAAGUAACAACAUAUCAUGUGACUACUUCAACAAGUUGGGAAGAAACCCUAACGAUACUAGAUUUGCUAGUGUUGGUCAAUAACCUGCCUGGGCCUCUAGUCGUUCAAUGCCGGGAUGGUUUUACCAAAAGCGGUUUAUUUGUCACAUUACUGUGUAUCAGUGACCGCAUCACCACUGACAGGGAGGUGGCAAUAGCAGAAACUGUUCGCAUUGUUAAACAAAGAAGACAUUCAGCUGUCACGAAUGUGGGUCAAUACAGAAUGUGUUACGAUGUCAUAUACGAGCGCCUUAUAAACAAACAGGAAAAAGAGAAGGUAAAAAUGGAAUAUGUGAACAUGCAGUUCCCAAAAUAUGAUCAAUAGACUGAACGUUUCAAUGCAAUGAAGGCUUCAAGGUCAUACACGCUCUACUUAUGCAAGCCCUUCAAAUAAACGUACCGGUAUCAUUGAGAUAAGAAAGCACCUGCGUUGUUAUGUGUUCUUUCUUGUCUGACUUACUUUGUUGUGAACAAAGGCGAUUUGAUGAAGAUUUAGGUUAAGAUUGAAAUGUUUUUGCCAAAUGUUAAACAUUGUCAUAUAUUAAGAGGAUCGUCCAAGCUAAAUAUACAUGCAAUACGAACACCUUAGUCUUAGAAGUUUGUUUUGAGUUUGCAUUUUUUUAAUAUAUAUUUUCUAUAAAUCUCUUAUUUGGAAUACAAUACUAAUAUGCUAUGCUAUUAAUGUUAACCAUACUUUUUUAUAGUUUCAAUAUAAUUUAUUCCAAAAUAGUUAUUGAUUAUAAACUGUGUUUCAGUGAUCAUAGCACCCGCACAUUCACCAUCUUGUCGUCUCUAAGAAAUUUUUAAUUAUAAUGUAAUACAUGUAAUAACAAUUUUAUCAGGUAAAUAUUAAAACUAAACAAACAAAUUUAUGGUAAAUUUCUCCUUUUUAAGAGCUUUGUUGUUGAAAACAAUGGCAAUAUGUAGUGUCCGUAACCUAUCUGGUAACAUUGAUAUUUUUAAUUCAAUUUUAAAAGAUAUUUUAGCUAUAAAACGUGUUUUUGUAUUCAACACAAUGAAAUUCAGUUUUAAUGUGUUUUUUAUAUUUAAUUGAAUAAAGAAAUUUAAUACAUAACGUAGUGUCCGUUACGAAUAAUUAAGCGUUUCUUAGUAAGAUAUGUAUCAACUUUAUCUAUAAACAAUUCACCAUUUCUCUAUAAUAUUGAAAGCCUUAAAAAAAUGAAAAAUCAAUAAUAGUUUGAUAUAAACACAUACUAUUUCAAUCCAGUUUGAUUUUUUGUUAAUAUGUAACGAUGUCAUAUUUAAUGACAUAGACAUCAGAUAAUAGCACAGAAGGUAUUUUGGCUGCUAGACUUGUCCAUGUUAUUCCUUUGUGUCAUUAUAUUCAUAGCAUAACGUCUAGUAGAAAUUAGAGGGUGAUUCCAGCAAUAUCUCCUAGAUAUAUCUAAUGAAUAUACUAGUAGCUAUGUCUCGUCGUUCACUUUAUAAAAUAUAUAAAACUUUGGUGUAACACUGAUAGUUUAUGUUGCAAUGCCCCUUAGGAAAUAUCUUCGUUAAUAAUUGUGACAUUAACUUGGGUUGAAUUGUCUUUCAAAACACGUUCGUCCAAUGGCAGUAAGUUAGGUACAUCACAAAUAGUAACUCACAAUUACUGAUUUAAAAUGAACUAUUGUAUGCAGACAGUGAAUAAAUAAAAAUGAAAUUUGUUUAAUUUUUUUUGGGAUCUUACAAAUGACAUGGUAAAGAUGUUGAUAUAUAAGAACAAUACCAUGAUACAGUUAAUUAAAACAUAAUAAAGUAAAACAUUACAUUGUGAAGCAAUUUACAGCAAACUUAAAUCAUAUAAAAGCACAAAGCAUUUAAUAAGAUUUAGUCACCCUAGCGACUUUGAUAGAAAUUAUCUUUUUGUCAAAAUAUGUAUUUAUAUUUUCGUAUGUAUAUCGUUUGUGAAAUUACGAUUGAUUUUUUUGAUUUAAAAUGUUAAAUGAUUAUUGUUUAUGUGUUAGUUCGCCAUAUGUUGUUAUCUUCUAUAGAACACUCGUUAUUGAUAUAUAUGUGAUCUACGUUUUGCUUUGUGUUAAAGUGUUAUCACUUUUUUAUAAGAAAAGUGUUAAUGUAAAUUAUGAACAUUAUUAAAAACUGUAUCCGUAUCUGAAUAAAACUGUUUACUG